ACUAUCGUUUCUAUAAUUAUUCCUAUUUUAUUCAUAUUUUUACUCCUUUUAUGAUUUAUAUUUUUAUACUUUUUCCUAUUCGUAUUCCUUGCCCGAACUGCUGGAGGUGGGCGUGCCGACUUCUCAACGACCUUUCAGCAAGGGCAAUUGGCGGCUCCUAAUUGGUCAGCAUGCCCCACCAUCGAGACUGGAGCAGCGCGGAAUUUCGGCCUCAGGACUGCGGGAGGUUGCUAUCGCCUGGACUCCCUCAAGAGGCCUCGACGGUUCUAUAGAGCACCGAAGCCGCCGACGACAACAUCGCAGCCCCCCCAGAAACAGGCCCUGCCACCCUAUCAAUUGGCCGACUCUCUCGCCCCCCCGCAGCCAUGGCGAGCAAAGUGUGCAGGAGCAGGGCGCUCGCCUCGGCUCUGCGGCCGGUCGUACGGACCGACGCCAUCGCCUCCUCCCCGGCCGCCGUGCGGCUCUUCUCGGCCACGGCAGCCCGUGACGUCGUCGUGCCCAAGGAUGCGCCGAACCUGAGGCAGGCCCCCCGCCCAGUCACGGGCGUGCUCCAGGCACCCCUGGUCAACCCGGCCGACAAGUACGCCUCCAAGGCCGAGAACCUGCACCGCUACGGCAACUGGCUCAUGACCUGCCUACCCAAGUACAUCCAGCAGUUCUCGCUCUGGAAGGACGAGUUGACCAUCUACAUCUGCCCCUCGGGCGUCAUCCCCGUCUUUUCCUUCCUCAAAUACAACACCUCGGCCGAGUUCACACAGGUCAGCAGCAUCACUGCCGUCGACUUCCCCACGCGCGACCAGCGGUUCGAGAUUGUGUACAACCUCCUCAGCGUGCGCCACAACGCCCGCGUCCGCGUCAAGACGUACGCCGACGAGGCCUCCCCCGUGCCCUCGGUCACGAGCCUGUACGACGGCGCCAACUGGUACGAGCGCGAGGUCUACGACAUGUUUGGCGUCUUCUUCGCCGGGCACCCGGACCUGCGCCGCAUCAUGACAGACUACGGCUUCGAGGGCCACCCGCUGCGCAAGGACUUCCCCCUCACCGGCUACACCGAGAUCCGGUACGACGAGGAGAAGAAGCGCAUCGUCACGGAGCCCCUCGAGCUCACGCAGGCAUUCCGCAACUUUGAGGGCGGCACCAGCGCCUGGGAGCAGGUCGGCGCAGGCGUUGAUAGGAAACCCGAGUCUUUUAAGUUGCCAACUCCCAAGCCGGAGGAGAAGCCGGAGGAGCCUAAAAAGUAAAGGAGAAAGGCCGGAAAAAAUAACUAAAAGACUCAAUUAACCAUUUUGCGUCUGCCACCGUGUAUAUAUUUCCCCUGUGAGAAAUGGAGCUCCAAUGUCGGGCUGUUCGUUGCGUGUUUUUUUUUUACCUGAACCUAGCGAACAG